UUCAUAUGCAUUUCAAAACAUUCAACAAAAUUCACUCUUAAUUCUCCUGUUGGGCUUUCUCUCUCUCCAUCUCUUCUGUCCUCUCCGCAGCUCAGGUGUCAAAGCAAUAGUGUCCCUGGCCGGGGUUCGGUGAAUAAAGAUGCCCAUGGAUUAGGAGAAACAAAGCAGCACUCGACUCAAAUGAUUCAAAAGAGGAGGAAAAAGAGACACCUUUUAAUCCCCGGUGUACAGCUCGGACCGUGUGAACAAUGUGAGUCGACAGAUUAAAUUUAAAGACGCCGAGGUGCUUCUCUUGUACUUCAGGAGUGGGCGAAUGAAACCAUGGAGCCGUAGACGCUAAACGUGCUUGCUCCAUCUUUGCGAGCAUGCCGAAACAGCAUAUAUGAUUUGUCCUUCAAAAAGACACAAGUGGGAACCAACGGGAUCUGAGGAUGUAGCAGAUACAGGUGAUUAGAUGCGGCCUCUUGUUCGGGACAGUGUCACUACAGUCAGUAUGGAAGUGCAGACGGCCUCUUUGGAGUGGAUAUACGUAAAUAAGACAGAAGAGCUGAACGCUUCCCGCGAAUACAACUCCACAGAUUCGGUCGAACACUCGGACAAUUAUCACUCGUACACGAUUGGUCUCUUCCUGUCCUGCCUGUAUACUAUUCUCCUCUUUCCCAUUGGAUUCAUUGGUAACAUUUUAAUCCUGGUGGUGAACCUAAACCACAGAGAGAAAAUGACCAUUCCCGAUCUCUAUUUCGUGAACCUGGCCAUCGCCGACCUCAUCCUGGUGGCAGACUCGCUCAUCGAGGUCUUCAACCUGAACGAGAAGUACUACGACUACGCCGUUCUCUGCACUUUCAUGUCACUCUUCCUGCAGAUUAACAUGUACAGCAGCAUCUUUUUCCUCACUUGGAUGAGCUUCGACCGGUACAUAGCCUUGGCUAGCUCCGUUAGCAGCAGCCCACUGAGGACUAUGCAGCAUGCUAAGCUCAGCUGUGGCCUCAUCUGGAUGGCCUCCAUCCUGGCCACCCUCCUCCCUUUUACCAUCGUACAGACCCAACACAGGGGCGAGUUACACUUCUGUUUCGCCAACGUCAUCGAGAUUCAAUGGCUGGAGGUCACCAUCGGGUUUUUGGUGCCCUUCUCCAUCAUCGGCCUUUGCUACUCUCUGAUAGGCCGCAUUCUCAUGAGAGCCCAGAAGCACCGCGGACUGUGGCCGCGGCGACAGAAGGCCCUGCGAAUGAUAGUCGUGGUGGUGCUGGUCUUCUUCAUCUGCUGGCUGCCGGAGAAUGUCUUCAUCAGCAUCCAGCUGCUGCAGGGCACGGCCGACCUAUCAAAGAGGACUGCGACCACGUUGUGGCACGACUAUCCCCUCACGGGCCACAUCGUUAACCUGGCGGCCUUCUCCAACAGCUGCCUCAACCCCAUCAUCUACAGCUUUCUGGGAGAAACCUUCCGAGACAAGCUGCGUCUCUUCAUCAAGCAGAAGGCUAGCUGGCCGGCGUCGGAUCGCUUCUGCCACCACAGCCUUGAUUUACACCUCCCUGUCAGAAAUGUUGUAACUCAGGUGUGACCUUGUUGACAGAACACACAUUAGGAAAACGCUUUUUUUUUUUUUUUUGUACCUCAGCCUGUCCUGCUAUUUCUAAAGUUGGCCUCAUAGUUCUGUCAAUGGUGUCCGGU